GCGAAUGUGAUUGAAGAAAAGGAACAUUAGUACAUUUAAAACUACUACGUUCCGUUUCACGCUAUUUCGCAUUAAAUAUGAACGAUCAAUUCCAAUUAUUGUUUGAUAACAUGAAGUUAGAAAUGCAGAAGCAAACAGCUGAACUAACCGAAUCAAUCACAAAAAACUUAAUGGAUAGAAUGGAUGAAAAACUUACACCUAUCAUAGAAGAAAACCAACAAUUAAAACAAAAAAUAAAAGAUCUAGAGAAGGAGCUGGAAUAUUUAAAAAAAGAAAAGAAAGAUAACAACAUUAUUAUUUUCGGGUUAGAAGAGGGAGAAAUUUCGAGGACGGAUUUAUUCGAGGGCGUCAAGGCGACCUUGAAAGAAGACCUAAACAUAAAUAUGGAGCAAUUCGAAGUAAACAAGUUAUACAGGCUAGGAAAAAAGAAAGUUCAGAAUAAACCAAGGCCAGUGCUUUGCUCUUUUAUAAAUACAUGGAAAAAAGAUGAAAUCAUGAAAAACAGAAAGAAUCUUAAGAAUAUUUAUAUCACAAACGAUUACUCGAAAGAAGUCUUGGAGGCAAGGAAAGCACUAUUACCGCGACUAAAAGAAGAGAGAGAGAAAGGUAAUAUAGCUUUUCUGAAGUUCGAUAAAUUAGUAGUCAAAGAAAUAAACGCUGAAAAAAGGAAAAGGGAACCGACAACCUCACCAUCACCUUCGAAAGCUCAACCCAAAAAACAGCCUACCCUUAGCUCUGCCAAAAAUAACAGGAAUGUCUUCGAUACAGCGAGACCCAGACCAAACCCCUUGAUAAACAAACCCACACCUAAUAAACAAUAGCAACCAACCGAUAAACGGAAAACUCAAACAAGCUACGAAAACAAACAAACAGGAAAAAUAAAUCUUCCCCCAAGCCGACUGGUCCUCGUGGGGGACAAAGACCACAACCCUUCAACAACACACGAAAACAAGUACGAAAACAAUUACAAAGAAACAAUUAAUAUCGCAGCCCUUAACGUUCGCACAAUAAAAAAUGAAGAAAGCCUUAUAGAAUUAAAAAAUGCAUUG